AUGAUGCUGACGGCGGCUGAGCUGGGGGAGGCUGAUGUAGGGAAGUUGCAGCGCUUAGCGGCCACAGAACAGCAGAAGGCGCAAUUCACCACACGGGGGCAUCACUUCAUGGAGCUGUGCUGGAAUAAAUGGGUGGAGAAGCCAGGGCACUGCCUGGACUCUUGCACUGAAAGUUGUCUCUCUAUCUGUGUGGACCACUUCAUCAACACGACUCUAGCCAUCACUGGUCGAUUUACCCAAAUUGAACAGAAAGGAGGGCAGUAG